AUGGGGGUAUCUUCAGAAGUGAACAGGGAGAAGCAAUAUGCUCGCGCCAGUAUUCCCUUGAAGGUGAUAAUAAUAGGGGCGGGCAUCGGAGGACUGGCUGCGGCAUUGGCUCUUGGGAAACGAGGCCACAAUGUCCACGUUAUCGAAUUUGCCCCCGAGAUCCAGGAGGUCGGAGCCGGGAUCCAGUGUGCACCCAACAUGCUCCGGCUCCUGGAUCGGUGGGGCGUAGGCGCCCAAGUUCGACGAACGGGUGUCGCCCUGGGGGCCAUCCAUAUCCUGCGGUGGCAGGGAGGAUCUCUCCUGGGCAACGUCCCGAUCAACCAAGCCCAUGGCGAGCAGUUUGUCGUGCAUCGCGCUGACCUGCAAAUGGCUCUGCUGGAGAAAGCAAUGGCCCUGCGCAAUGUGAAGCUGCAGACCAACACAAAAGUCGAGAAUGUCCAGUUCAGUCCGCCGGCGGUGGAGCUCAAUGACGGGUCGACGAUUCAUGGAGACGUGGUGCUCGCGGCCGACGGUAUCAAGUCCAUGGUCCGUGCGAAGCUCCUGGGAGACGACAAAGACGUGGCGAUACCGACCGGAGACGCCGUCUUCAGGGUCGUCCUCACCAAGGAGACUCUGAGCCAGCACCCGGAUCUGUUGCCGUAUAUCGAAGAGAAGAAGGCAAUUCGGUGGGUUGGACCAGGAAGACAUAUCAUUGCCUAUCCUGUGCGCAACCAUGAGAUCUACUUUUUCCUUGAUAUGGCCGAAGUACAUGCUAAUCGCGAACCCAGCAAUGUGGCACUUGCUCACCCUGAUCGUGGGCGCGUUGACGAGAGCUGGACAACCGUCACAUCAAAGAAGAACCUGCUGUCGGAAUACGAAGGCUGGGAUCCGAAUCUGAUCAAGAUGUUGGAUCUUGUCCCCGAAGGCGAUGUUCUGGAGUGGAAAUUGUGCAUGCACAUGCCCCUUUUACGAUGGGUCCGAGAUUCGGUUGCCCUGUUGGGCGAUGCGUGCCAUCCCAUGUUACCAUAUGUUGCUCAAGGUGCGGCGCAAGCUGUGGAAGACGCAGCCUCGCUAGGAGUGGUCCUCUCGUCGAUAUCAUCCAAGGACGAAAUCCCUGCUGCGCUUCGAGCCUACGAAAAGGCUCAAAAAGCCCGAGCCGAGCACAUCCAACAAACCUGCUUGGCGACCAGAGCCGCUCUUCAUCUGCCCGAUGGUCCCGAGCAGGAAGCUCGUGAUCAGAAGUUCAAGGUCUUGUCAUCGGGUGGCUCCAACGACGAUAAAUGGGGGGAUCCGGAGAUGCAGAAAUUCCUGUGGAGUUGGGAUGCUGAGGCAAAGGCCGAGGAGGCUUGGAAAGAGGGCGAUGAUACCGGCUACGGUCAAGCUCUGUUUCCCGUGCCAGCGGACGAUCCCAACGACCCGCUACAAUGGGGCAACUUCAAGAAGACAAUGAUUCUGUGCAUCUGCGCAGCGUAUUCUUUCUUGGGGAACUCGUCCUUGCUCGGUCCGUCGGUCUACAUUGGCAUCUAUGCGGAAUCGUUCGGGAUUGAUCCCAAUAAGGCUUCAAACCUGAUCUCCUAUCCCAACCUGGCCUAUGGCUUUGGGUCUUUGCUUCUGGUCCCCGCCUAUCUUAAAUUUGGCCGACGCCCUGUCAUGCUCGUUUCCAUCAUCUUUUUUGCUGUUGGCCUGAUCGGCUGCUCUCAAUGCGACUCAUAUGGCACUCUAAUGGCAUGUCGCAUCAUUCAUGCGUUCGGUUCUGGAGUAUGUGAGGCUCUGCCCGUGCAGCUUGUCAAUGACAUUUUCUUCCUUCACGAACGUGGCCAGAGGUUGGGCUACUACACCGUUUGCCUCUGCCUGGGUGCCACCGGACCUUUAUAUGCUGGCUACAUGCUUGCGGGAGGCUACUCGUGGCGGCUAUUCUUCUACGUCGAGUUCGCCUUCGCGUGCGCUCUGUUCAUCCUGGCUUUCUUCUUUGUCGAAGAAACCUGGUAUAAGCGUGAGGAGAUGAAGAGAGUCCUCGGAGCGGCCGUUGAGGCUUCUCCGAUCGAGAAAGGUGUCGGGGCCGACUUGCACGAGGUUUCAAGCCCUGCGCCGGACAGGAAGUCAUUUGUUUCUACGCUCAAGCUGUGGGGCGUGUACGAUCGUGAUGUCUCGUUCUUCAUGACUGCCGCCCGAUCUUUCACAUAUUUCGCCGUUCCAUCUGUGUUCUGGGUGGUUUCGACAUAUGGUAUCUACAUUGGUCUGGGGGCUUUGGCAUUCAACUAUACUUUCCCUGCUAAGAUUGUUGCUCCCCCUUACAACUGGAGUCAGACCAAUUCCGGCUUGAUCGCUGUUGGCAAUGCCCUCGGAUACAUCCUCGCCAUCCCCUUCACCACGUCAUCCGACCGACUGGCCGCGUAUCUGACCAAGAAGAACAAUGGGAUCCGCGAGGCUGAAAUGCGUCUGGGUGUUCUCCUGCCUGCCAUGCUGAUUGGGCCGGCCGGCCUGAUCGUUUAUGGGUACACGGCGCAGGAUAAUCUGCAUUGGAUCGGCUACUUUGCGGGUGUGGCCAUGUGCAACUGGUCGGCGUACUUCUACUUCACCUUCACCCUCGCCUACGCGGUUGACAGCUACACGGUCAAUCUCUCCGAGAUGCUCAUUGCUAUGAACCUGGGCAAACAGGCCAUCUCAUUCGGCUUUGGCUUCAAGAUCCUCGACUGGAUCCUCGAGAGCGGCUAUGUGACUAUCAUCGCUGGCGUCUUCUGCGGCGUCCUGAUGGCCAACAACCUCAUGCUCCUGGUGUUCAUGUUCUUGGGCAAGAAGAUCCGCAUCGCCACCAGCAAGACCUGGCUGGCCAAGAUGCAUCGCGAGACCCAUGUCGUGGGAGAAUCACAUUAA